AUGUCAAAAGAGCUAUCAUUAAAAGGUGUACCAUUUAUUUCUUUAGAUGUCAAUUAUGACUCCCUCAAAAGCUAUUUAGAGGAAGUUCAUGAAACAAUUAAUGCACAAAAUGAUAAAAUAGAAAAAUUAGAAUAGUAAAUGAAAUAAAAAAUAGCAAUAGAUUAAAUAUAACAUCUUCUUAGGCAGGUUACAAAAUGUACUGAUCUUUAUGAUGAAAAGAUGGCUAAAGAAAUGAAAGAUUAAGUGAAUGAAGCACUAUUUUAUACUGGUGCUGGUAUCAUAGAUAAAGAACUCUCUAAGCUGUGCGAAAAGAUUAAUCUGCUUAGUAUGGGAACGACUCAAGCUUUCAAAUAAGUAUAGACAUACAACUCAAGAAUUGAAAAAUUAGAAUAAAAAAUUGAUUCUAAAUUAGAUAGUAAAAAUUAUAAAGAAAAAUAAAAGCAGUUUAAAGAAAAAUUAAUAGCAAAGAUAGACGACUUCUCAAAAGUAGUAAACGAAGAUACAAAAGCUAUAGAAUAAAGAGUAUAGGUUCAUAUCACUAACUUUGAAGAGUUAGUACAGGAUGUAGAAAGAAGAACUAUAUGGAAGAUACAGGACUGUUAAGAUUUACUAACAAAAAGAAUAAAUGAAGAGUAUGUCCAAGAAACAGUUUAAGCUAUGCAAUAAAAAAUAAUGAAAGAGUUUUAAAAUUUAAAUGGAGGGAGUGGAGAAAGAAAUGAUAAAUUCUAGGAGAGAUUAAAUUAAAAAGUUGAUGAGUUUAUUAAUUCAAAUGCAGAGAAACAAAAAUUGGUAAAGGCAUCACUCAAAGAAUUAGAAACUUAGAUUAAGCAAACUUAUGUAACACAAGAAAAACUCAAUGAAUACUAAAAAAUAAACAAUGACAGAAUAUCAGAAAUGAGAGUAAGGAUGAAAACAUUAGAAGGGUAAUUCAAUAUACAAGCUACCUUAGAAGACCACAAAUCAAAAUUUGUAUAAAUAGAGCAUAGAUUUGAAGAGUUUAAUAUUCUUAAAAGUAAGAUUAAGGAAACCUAAAAUUAAACUGAUGAAAUCUAAGACUAUUCUUCUCUACUUAAAAAAAUGGAUCCUCAUAAGAUAUGUUAACUUGAAUCUGAUCUAAAAAGAGCAGAAGAAGAAAUAGCUAAGCUAAUUGAGGCUUAUGAUUACAUGACUUAGGAGGUUAAACGUAAAUUUGAUGGCAUAGACUUGAUCACAUAAGUAAAUUAAGCUCAUUUAGGUCAUUCUGAUAUAAUUGGGGCAUCUGCAACAACUUAAUUGAACAUUGGAAAAGCUGAAAUAUAAAAAAUGAUUGAUUAGUCUGUUCCAAAGGGUAUAUUAGACGAAGAAAAAUAUAAAAAGCUCCAAAAAGAUUUAAAUGAAAUACAUUACAAAGUCGAAACAGCUAAUGAAAUAGAAAAAAGAGUAAUGAGGGUGUUUAGGGAUGCAGACUUGAAUGGUUUAGUUAAACAAGUAAAAUUAAAGUUAAAUUCUGAAGAAUAUAGAAAAGAGUUAGCUUUAAUAGACUCUAGAUUAAACUAACUAUCAGAGUAGCAAAGCUUUUUGAGAAGAGACUGUGAUAACUUAUCUCUUUUUGUUAAGAAAUAGAUGAAUUCUACAAAUAACAUGGCUAUAAAUAACUUCAUGUCUUCUGAAGGAAUGUUAACUCCUAGCUAGGGAAACUAAAACCAGAACAAUUCUUUAUUAAGCACAAAAAAGUUAAUUCCAGUUAAAUGUUUAUCUUGUGGUUAAAACAAGGGUAACAACCAUGUGCAUAAUCACGAAAGAUACUCCAGUAUUGGUAAAAAUAUAAACGAAAGUUUAGAUUACUGUUUUACUUCUCCAGACGAUAAUCGUGUUUUGAAUUUAUCAUCUACAAACGGUACAACUUUUUUGUAAACACCCAACAAAAAAUUUCAAUACAGUAAAUAUUAUUUUCCCUCUUCUUUUGAUUUAAAAAAUUAAUUAUAGUGA